UCAAACUCUGAACUCCAUGUGCAAAAUUCUGCACUGCUGCAUUUUUAUUGGAGCAGUUAUUUACUUUUUAAUUGUUUAAACUAAGUUGCAAUUAACAAAAUGAAUAUUUGGAGCAGCAGUGUUACGAGUAAGAGAAAGGGGGUUGAUGAGGGGCGUGGUAAGGCAACAACAGUUCCAGUGGAGGAAUCUGCCAUCGCUGACGAUGAAGUAGGCGACGGAAAAUCAAACAUUACUUUUGAAACUUUAGGCCUUAGCCAACUAAUUUUGGAACGAAUUAAGAAUCAAAUUGGACUGGUGAAACCUACAAAAGUUCAAUCAGCCUGCAUCCCUGCCCUGCUGAAGAAUCAGAGUUGUAUCGCCCAAGCCCCCACAGGAACCGGAAAGACGUUAGCCUUUGGGAUUCCCAUGAUUCAGAAAUGGGGGCGAGAUCCGUACGGAGUUUUUGGACUUAUUGUCACCCCCACGAGAGAAUUGGCGUUGCAGAUUAAGGAUCAGAUUUUAUUUAUGGGAGGAGAAAGGGCUAAAGUUUGUCUGGUGAUUGGGGGUGUGGACUUUCAGGAACAAGCGAUAGAGCUAUUUAGCAAGCCGAGUUUUGUAGUGGCGACUCCUGGAAGGUUGCUGGAUCAUCUCCAAAGUGCGGAGUCUACGUUUCGAAAUACUUUUAAGAACUGCAAGUACCUCGUUUAUGACGAAGCCGACAAAUUACUAGAUGGCCAGUUUGACGAAAAUUUGACCGCGAUUAGUUCUGCGUUGCCAAAGAAGAAACAAGUCAUGUUGUUCAGUGCGACUAUGCUGUCGCAUGAGAAGAUGGUCCCUGUAGUAAAGGAGUUGUCACAAUCGACGGAAAUGCCCUUCAUUUACGACUAUCAAGAAGAGGAUGAAGAUAAGAGUAAGGAAGACAACAAGACGCCUGAAGAUGGAGGUCUUGAAACUCCAGCUAAAUCCUCUGAACCACUACUUUCCAAAAUUCCCCUUACCCAGAAAUACAUCCUGUGUCCGAGAGAUUUUAAAGAUGGUUAUUUAAUGGAGUUGUUGCGUUCGAUUAGAGAUAAAGAGAUAAAAUUACCUGUUCAAGUGCGGUCCAUGAUUAUUUUUGCGGCAACAAUUCGAGAAACUCAAGUAUUAUCCUUGCUACUGUCAAAUUUGGGAUUUACCAAUACCACAUUACACUCACAUCUCGAUCAAAAAGCUAGGGCUAAAGCGUUAUCAGAUUUCAGAUCAUCUACGGUAAAUACAUUGGUUGCGACGGAUGUGGUUAGCAGAGGCCUCGAUAUUAGAACAGUGGACCUCGUCAUAAACUACUCCAUUCCAAUGCCUCCAGAUUACGUUCAUCGAGUUGGUCGAACAGGUCGUGCCGGUCAACCAGGGCUAACCAUAAUGUUUGUCAUACCCACGCGCGACAUUCCUUUUUUGACCAAUGUGGAAAAUUAUAUUGGGGAGAAAUUAACCGAGAUGAAAAUUGACGAAAAGAAAGUUCUAAAAAUACUGACGGACGUACAAGCAAAUAGGAAAAUUGCAGAUUUAACAGUGACAGAAAAUGAUCCCUUUGAAGAACGAGCUAAAACCAACAAAUUAAAGAAGGAAAUAGAAGCCGCACUAGAUGGGAAACCAAUUAUUAGCAAGAAAAAGAAAAAGCGACAAUUAUUGACAACUCCCACUCCUCCCCAUAAUCAGAGUAAAUUACAAAAAUUACAAAAUACUGAGAAAUAAUACAUACGUAAAGUACCUGCCAAUAAACUAUUUUAUUAUGACUCUUA